AUGAUUAGGUGGAUAAAUGAUUCACCAUCUAGAUUUGAAAAUUUUGGUGAUGCAUUGGUUCAAACCAAAUUGUUUAGCAAAAAUAGUGUCUCUACGGAUGUUGCAACAGAAUGGAACUCAACAUGUGAAAUGCUCCAUAAUUCUUUAGAGGUGAGAGAAGCAUUUGAGCGUUUAGUAGAGUUGGAUCAGAAUUUCAACACGUUGCCAAUUGAUGAGGAGUGGGAAAAAUGCAAAUCAAUUGGUCAAUGCCUGAAAGUUUUCAAUGGUGCCAUGAAACAUAUGUUGGACAGAAAGUAUCCAACUGUGAACUUCUAUUUCUGGGAUGUCUGUGAUCUUUAUCAUCAUUUGAUUCAAUGGGGAAAUAGCAAAGAUGACUAUAUUCGUUCUAUGGCUUUUACAAUGAGAUUAAAAUUUGAGAAGUAUUGGAAAGAGACUAAUUUAUUUAUGGCGCUUGGGGUUAUUCUUGACCCUCGCUACAAAAUGGAACUCAUUGUUUAUGUUUUGAAUGCAAUUUAUGGGGAUGAUGCUGAUUACCAUAUUAAGAAGAUCAAAUUUGUUGUUGUUGACUUCUAUUCUGAGUAUGCAUGUGAGUAUGGUAGAUCUUGUUGUUCCCUUAUGGUUGCAGAUGCUUCUAACUGUGUUGGUGGCAAUGGAAAUGAUUCUUUUAACAAAGUUUCUAAGGGAAAAACUUCAGUGUUUUCUAAAGGGUUCAAGAAACAUGUGCAACAACGUUCUAGAAGUUUAAAGAAUGCCCAAAAGUCUGAAUUAGACAUGUAUUUAGAAGAAAGCUUAUUUCCAAUUGGUGACAAUGAGUAUUGUUUUGAUAUUCUGCAUUGGUGGAAACAAAAUAGCCCCAAGUUUCCGAUCCUUGCUAGAAUGACUCGUGAUAUCUUGACAGUUCCAGCAUCAAUUGUUGCCACAGAAUCUGCUUUUAGUCUUGGAGGCAGAUUAAUUACCGAGCAUCACCCACUGUUAACCCCAGAGGUUGUGGAAGCUUUAAUUUGUUUGAGGGAUUGGUUGCCAUCAUAUAAAGCUGCUACCACUGUGGAUGAAUGA